AUGUCUUCCACACCAGCGCCCCCGCGGCAAGGCAAGAAGACGUCGACCCUGCCAGGACAUGUUGGUCGCCCCUUGACGUGCUACUUCUGGUACACGGAGGGACGGUGCCAUAAGUCCGACGCCGAGUGCCAGUACGCGCACUGGGCAACAGGUUUGACCGCGCCUCUUCCAGCUGCUAAGUCCAAGGACAAGGGCAAAGGACCUGCCAUCCAAGCCGAUACUCCUGCACCAGCUGCCCUUCCUGCCCCCUUUCCGCCUUCCGUUCGCUUUCCCCGUCCCUUCGCACCGCCUGCUCCGGCCCCUCUCCCUGCUCCUCCCGCGCCGUUCGACCCUUUCAAUGAUCACGCCGCCAUUUAUCACAGCAACCCGCAAGCCGAGCACCAGCAACGACUGCAAGCCUGGAAGACCAGCCUCGCCGCUCGAGAACUCUCACUACACGACUGGGACGCACGUCUCGGCAACCAAGCGGCCACUCUCCACGAAUGGGAGGCGCGCUUGAACGGAAGGCAGACAGCGACAACGGCGGGAGCGAACGAACUGGCCUCCACGCCAAGUGACAGUUCAGAGGUCGGGAAAGUUCUGGAGCGCAUCUACAACGUGCUCGGCGACGCGAGAACUGCCUCAGCCGUCGCUCACGGAGAGCUAACCGGCAAAUUCAAGCAGCUCUCGCAGCAUCAAGCCGGCAGCGAGCAAGGCGCCGACAGCAUGAUGGUCGGGAUGGCCAUCGCUGAAGCUGCGGGCAUGCUGGGCCGGUUUGAGGGACGACUGGUGGGCUUGGAGAAGAUCGUUAGCGAAGAGAUGGUGAAGAUGGCCGGCAGUGGUGAGGAUGCUGGUGAUCAGGAUGAGAAUGGCGGAGAGAGUGCUGGCCACGGCGGAUGGGCCUAGGUGACGAUGACAUUCAGCGGAUCGCAACUUGUUGGUGUUUGAGCGACGGCGUUAUGGAGCUUCUCGUGUUUUGAGCCCGGAGAGGACCAGCUCAUCGCCGUGCUAUUGCGUUCAGACAGAUUAUCAUAACGAGGGAACGGAUCACGACCGUCCAAUGAGUCUUGCUAAUACCGAC